AUGGAAUCAUUUUAUCAUGAAGAUUUAUAUACACCAAUAGAACGUAUAGAUAUAGAGGAAUUGACAAGUAGAGAGAAUUUUGUUUGGAGUUCGGCAUCGAUUUAUUCAAUUUCUCAUGAUUUGGAGAAAACAAAUGAUAAACAAAAGAUUGUACAAUAUUUGACAAAAUUGGAUACAGAUGGACAAACAUUACUACAUAGUCAAGCAAUGGGUACAAUUAGACCAAAUCAACACAACAUUUUAAUCAAUACUUUAAAACAUUUAAACAAGACUGAAUACUUGGAGUUUAAAAAUGUAUUGAAUCGAGCAGAAGAGACAGCAUUGCAUGUUGCCGUUUUAAACAAAAACUAUGCAUUCCUACGUCUAUUUGCUACUUGUGGUCCCAAUGCAUCGUACAAAUGUCAUCGUAACCUUACACCUCUAGAUAUGGCAGUUUGGAUGGAUGACUUUCAAGCCGCUGAAAUCAUUGCCGCCAUUUCAACCAGUCAACUGACCGUUGAACUACCAAAAAACUUUUCAAUCAAAGGUCAUCACAACGCUAGUCCAAACACUGAAAAUCCAAUCUCUCCAUUCUAUCAAUGGGGUCAAAUGUUUACCACUCAACUAUCACUUGGUAAAGUCUCUACACCUCAAACCGUCCUAUUUAAUCAUCAUCAAGAACAUGGUGUUUCAAAUGUUCAAUUUGGUGGUAACUUUGCUUUAAUGUUGACUGAUACUGGUAUGAUUUAUUCUUGGGGUUUAUGUAGUUAUGGAAAGUUGGGACAAUAUUCAAAAAAUGAUUGUCCAAUACCAUCACAAAUUAUGGAAUUAAAGAAUAAACAGAUUACACAGAUAGCAUGUGGUAAAGAUCAUUCAUUGGCAUUGGAUGAAAUUGGAUGUGUUUAUGCAUGGGGCAAUGGAGCAGGAGGUAGAUUAGGAUUAAACAAGACCGAUGUGGUAUCUUUGCCAACAAUGGUAGCACAUUUCCCAGAUCAAGUAAAGGUUGUUGGUAUUGCUUGUGGUCAAGAUCACUCGAUGGCAGUUUGUCAAGAUGGUCGAGUAUUUAGUUGGGGACAGGCAGGGUUUGGUAAACUUGGUUAUUCCAAUCCAAUGGGUUUCCAAUCAACUCCUCGUCGUGUAGAAUCUAUACCAGCAUGCAAACAAGUUAGUUGUGGUAAUUGGCAUUCAUUGACAUUGACAAAUGGUGGUGAUGUCUAUGCUUUUGGUUCAAAUCGUGAGGGUAGAUGUGGUAGAGAAUUGACUACAGUAGAAUCACCUCCCAAUCGUGUCAUCUUUGACGCCAACAUUAAAAUCAAAAAAAUUGGUGCAGGUUUAAAUUUUAAUGCAGUCCUUACAACUUCAAAUAUGAUCUAUACUUGGGGUAAUAAUGAUAAAGGUCAAUUGGGUGUCCUUAUUGAAACAAAAAGCAAUAGUACCAAUAAUAGUAGAAACAAUAAUAAUAAUAAUAAUUAUAUUUCAGUUUAUGCAGCAACACUUAAUGAUACCUAUACCUAUGUACCACAAUUGGUAAAGACAUUGCUACCAUAUCCAAUUAAUAAUAUUGAAGUUGGAUAUGAACAUGUUGUAGUGUUGACCGAUGCAGGAGAGGUCAUAACAUUUGGUAGUAAUCAAAUGGAUCAACUUGGUCAUGGAGAGCUACUUCGAGAUGCUGGUACUUUUAGAAAGGUUGAAAUUCAAAACAAAAGUACUGUAUUCAAGAUUGCUGCUGGUAAUUAUGCUUCACUUGUCUCUCUGUCAAGUGGUCAUAGUAUCUUUGGUUCGGAAAUGGCUCAACUAUUAAAAGAUGAGAGAUAUUAUGAUCUGUGUCUACAAGUCAAUUCAAAUAGACAAGAAACUGUAAAAGCUCAUAGAUUCAUUGUUGCAUCGAGAUCAAAGAAAUUACAUAGUCUAUUGAAAAUGGAAAUCGAUCGUCCAAAUCAAAACAACAAGAUACCACUCACUCAAACCACCUUUAUUACAACGUCUACCGAGAAUGGGAUCAUUUAUAUGGAUUUCCCAUCAUUUACAUCGAUUGAACCAAUUAAACUUUUCGUAAAGUUUCUAUACACUGAUCAUGCUCCACUCGUUGCAUCUCAUGUUCAAGAUCUUGGUAUUUUGGCAACUAGUCUAUCGAUUGAAAGGUUAUCUUAUAUUUGUAAUAUUACAAAUUAUAAAUCUUUGGAAACUAUCCCAACUAGUAGUCUUUUAGAGGAUUUUGGUAAUCUCUCCAAUCAAGAAUACCUUGACCACUAUGGUGACAUUACAUUCAAUGUAUCAUCAGAGAAAUCAUCCUAUCAACCAAUCAAUUCAAUUCAAAAGAUUAAAUCCUACAGAGCAAUGUUGGCACUUAGAUCACAAUACUUCCAAAUGAUGUUUCAAGGUCAAUUUGCAGAGAGUACAAAGAAUGAAAUCGAUAUGUAUGAAGUGGACCCAGGUAGCUUUAAUCAUUUACUAGUCUAUCUCUAUUGUAAUAGUGUUCCAGAAGAUCCAAAUCAAUGUAUUGAUUUAUUGUUCCUCGCCGAUAUUCAUCAAAUCCCUAGAGCCAAAGAGCUACUGGCCGCUGUGAUCCGUCCAUCCAUCGAUGUCGAAAGUAUUUGUUCCAUCUAUCAUCUAGCCAUCAAACUCAAUGUUAAACCACUCGUUGUUUGGUGUGAAGCUAAAAUCCCAACCAUGCCAAAUCCCCAACAACUACCAGAAUAUGACCUGCUACCAGACACAGUCAAAUCAAUCAUUGAAAAGAAAUUGGAUCAAUUAAAUGAAAAAUUAAAUCAACUCUCUAUUCAACAUAGACAACAAAAUUUAAAUCUUCAACAACAACAAGAACAACAACAACAAAAUACAAGCGCCAACGCAAGAGGUGUAGGCGCCUUGAAUCUUCAACAUUAUAUGCACUGGUGUCGGCAGUGUUCAAUGCAUGCCACAUCCAGCAACGCUAGACAAGAUGUAAACAGUAUUUAUGACAGUAAUUUUACAAGAUACAUAUCUUUACAGUUUUUAAAAAUGGACCAACUCGUCUCUAAUCAAUUGAUUCUAUAUUUAAAGUAUAAUAUGGCAUGA